AUGUCGAAAAAAAUCUCCUUCGACGAGUUUUUGAAGCAGCAACAGCAGGCUCAACAACAGCCCCGUGGCUACGGCUAUAAGAACUCAAAUAAUUAUCAGUACUCAGGUCAGAACUUCCAGUACUCAGGACAGAGCUUUCAGCCUGGCCAAUACUACUCUGGAUACCAGGGAUACCAGGGAUACCAGGGGUUUCAAAAUCAGGCUCACACUGGGUAUCAAGGCUAUCCUGAACAAAGCUUCUCCGCGAGUCAGAAUGGAAGCGAGGUUCCCUCUGGCGCUGAGUCCAGAAUAACUAGUGGGGCAGCCACUCCCAAUCCUGAUGCCUCCACCACGUCUCUCUCGUCGCUAGGCUCUGCAUUGAACAAACUUAAACUCGAAGAAACUCCUAUACUGGAACAUUUGACUGCGAUUCAAAAGUGCUCCAAGAUCAGUGACUCCAAGAAGGAGGCCGAGGCUAUUGCGCAAAAGGUUGCAGAGCAGCCAUCCAUGACGAUAUUCGAUACUUGGAAGAUCCUUGAUAUCGUCAAAAACUUAGCAAAGGCAAGAAGCUCCCCAAUUGUCAGGGAGUCCGCGCUUCUUGUAAUACAGCAACUUGCGUUCAGCUUGAGUAACUCUGCUCCUAAAGAGCUGUACUUGGUGCAGUUCAUCAGUGUGAUCCUUGAAGCAUUCACAGACAAGGACAGAAAUGUUGUCAAAACUGCGAAACAGACCCUUGAUAUUGUUUAUGGUGUCUUACCAGUAGAGAUCUUGGGCAGCUUGUUCAUUGACGAGAUUAUCAACUACCUUACAUCGUCUGCAAAGUGGAACACCAAGAUUGCUGCUUUAGAGAUUAUGGAUAAGCUUAUUGCUGAGGCCCCUGCCGAUUUGUUGGAAAUGAAAUUUAUCACUGCCGUUCCAGCGUUGACCGAUAUGGCAACAGACUUCAAGCCAGAGUUGGCCAAACACGGUUUAGCUACCUUAAAGCGCUUUGUGAAGGUGUUCGAUAAUCUUGAUUUGCAAAACAAGUAUGAUUUGAUCGUCGAAACCUUGGCCAAUCCUCAAAAAGUUCCAGAGUGUAUCAAGAACUUAUCUUCUGUUACAUUCGUGGCUGAAGUUACUGAACCUGCUUUGUCACUUCUAGUACCUAUUCUUGACAAGUCGUUGAAGAUGUCAUCCUCUACCAAUGAUCAGUUGAGACAGACGGUUACCGUCACCGAAAACUUGACUAGAUUGGUGAAUAAUAGAAGAGAGAUUGAGCACUACAUUCCUAUUUUGUUACCUGGUGUGGAAAAGGUAGUAAACAAUGCCUCAUUGCCGGAAGUGAGAGAGUUGGGAGCUAAAGCACUUCGUGUUUUGAAAGAAGCAGAGAGUGAACAAACCGAUGGUAAGUUCCAUGGCAGGAUAUCCUUGAAGGAUGCGGAAAAAUUCCUCACCGAAAACCUAAGUGAGGAUGUUAAGGACGUGCCAGCCGCUUUGCUUAAGGAUGGUACUGAAACGAGCUAUCUUGCUACUAUAGUACAAGUGGACGCUAACGUUAAUGACUGGAAACGAUUAGCAGAGUACCUUGAGAGCGCCAUCCAAUUGUCAGACUCUGUGACGGAGGAACUUAGAAAAAAGUAUACUGAGGAAGUUAUAAAGAAUUUGAAGCACCUCUUCACUGAAUCAGCUCUGGUCGACAAUGACGACAACGACGGUGCCGUUGAAAUCGUUAAUGCUGAUUUCUCCUUGGCCUACGGUUCUCGUAUGUUGUUGAACAAAACCAACUUGAGAUUGUUAAAGGGACACAGAUACGGCCUCUGUGGCAGAAACGGUGCUGGUAAAUCCACGUUGAUGCGUGCUAUUUCCAAGGGUCAAUUAGAAGGCUUCCCUACUCCCGAUCAGUUGCGUACAUGCUUUGUCGAGCACAAAUUGCAAGGUGAGGAAGGUGAUUUGGAUUUAGUCAGCUUCAUUGCUUCUGACCCAGAGUUGGCCAAUGUCGGGCGUGAUGAUAUUGCUAAGGCAUUGCAAGCUGUCGGGUUCCCUGAAGAAAGAUUGACUCAACAAGUUGGCUCCUUAUCGGGUGGUUGGAAGAUGAAAUUGGAAUUAGCAAGAGCUAUGCUUAUGAAAGCUGAUGUGUUGCUCUUGGAUGAGCCUACUAACCACUUGGAUGUUGGUAACGUCCAAUGGUUACAGAAUUACUUGAUCGAGCACACGGAGAUCACAUCUUUGAUCGUCUCCCACGACUCGGGUUUUUUGGAUGCGGUUUGCACGGACAUUAUUCACUACGAGAACAAAAAGCUAGCAUAUUACAAGGGUAAUUUAUCAGAGUUUGUCAAGGUCAAGCCCGAGGGCAAGUCUUACUACACAUUGAGUGACUCCAUGGUGAAGAUGGCCUUCCCACCUCCAGGUAUCUUGUCUGGUGUAAAGUCUAAUACGAGAGCAAUAGCCAGAAUGAGCAAUGUUACUUUCACAUAUCCUGGUGCUGCGAAGCCAUCCUUGAACAAUGUCUCUUGCAGUUUGUGUUUGUCGUCUCGUGUGGCCAUUGUUGGCCCCAAUGGUGCGGGCAAGUCUACGUUGAUCAAGUUGUUGACUGGAGAGUUGGUGCCAAACGAAGGUACUGUCGAGAAACAUCCGAACUUGAGAAUUGGAUACAUUGCUCAACACGCUUUGCAACACGUUGAACAGCAUAAGGAGAAGACAGCCAACCAGUACUUACAGUGGCGUUACAGAUUCGGUGACGACCGGGAAGUUUUAUUAAAAGAAUCGAGAAAGAUCUCUGAUGAAGAGAAGCAAAUCAUGGAAAAGCUCAUUGACGUUGGUGACGGGCAAGGACCAAGACAAAUUGAGGCGCUCGUUGGUAGACAAAAGUUGAAGAAAUCUUUCCAGUAUGAGAUCAAAUGGAAGUAUUUCUUGCCUAAGUACAACUCCUGGCUUCCAAGAGAGUUUUUGAUCGAGCAAGGAUUCGAGAAGUUGAUUCAAAAGUUCGAUGAUCAUGAGGCUUCAAGAGAAGGUCUUGGCUACAGAGAAUUGACACCAAAAGUAAUAAGAAAGCAUUUCGAGGAUGUCGGAUUGGAUGGUGACAUUGCAGACCACACACCUAUGGGCUCUUUGUCCGGUGGUCAAUUGGUCAAGGUUGUUAUUGCUGGCGCUAUGUGGAACAAUCCCCACUUGCUUGUUCUUGAUGAACCUACAAACUAUUUGGACAGAGACUCCUUGGGAGGUCUUGCCGUUGCCAUUCGUGACUGGAGCGGAGGUGUUGUCAUGAUUUCGCACAACAACGAGUUUGUUGGAGCCUUGUGUCCUGAGCAAUGGCACGUUGAAAAUGGGGCUGUUGUUCAGAAGGGCAAUGCUGCCGUUGAUGCGCUGAGAUUCGCUGAUGGCGUCGAGUCCAAGGAUGGUUCGCCUGCACCUGAACCAGUGAAGAAGAGAGCAGACGAUGACGACUCCCCUGCGAACAUCAAGGUCAGAACCAGAAAGAAGAAGAUGACUAGAAACGAGAAGAAAGCACAGGCUGAGAGAAGAAGAUUGCGUCACAUCGAAUGGUUGAGCAGUCCUAAAGGUACACCAAAGCCACCAGACACUGACGACGAGGAAGAGUGA